AUGCUGACCCGGCUGUUCCGUGCCCAUGGUCUCCUCGUGGCCUCUCACCCCUGGGAGGUCAUCGUGGGGACCGUGACCCUCACCAUCUGCAUGAUGUCCAUGAACAUGUUCACAGGCAACGACCAGAUCUGUGGCUGGAACUUUGACUGUCCCAAGAGCGACGAGCAAAUCCUGAGCAGUGACAUCAUCAUCCUGACCAUCACCAGGUGCAUCGCCAUCGUCUACAUCUACUUCCAGUUUCAGAACCUGCGACAACUGGGAUCAAAGUACAUCCUGGGUAUCGCAGGCCUCUUCACCAUCUUCUCCAGCUUCGUCUUCAGCACAGUGGUCAUACACUUCCUGGACAAGGAGCUCACGGGCCUCAAUGAGGCCCUUCCCUUCUUCCUGCUUCUCAUCGAUCUCUCCAAAGCCUGUGCUCUCGCCAAGUUCGCCCUGAGCUCCAGCUCCCAGGAGGAGGUGAGGGACAACAUUGCGCGGGGCAUGGCGGUGCUGGGACCCACCUUCACCCUGGAUGCUCUGGUCGAGUGUCUGGUCAUUGGAGUCGGGACCAUGUCAGGAGUGAGACAGUUGGAGAUCAUGUGUGGGUUUGGAUGUAUGUCGGUUCUUGCAAACUACUUCGUCUUCAUGACCUUCUUCCCGGCCUGCGUCUCCCUGGUGCUGGAGCUGUCCCGGGAGAGUCAGGAGGGACACCCGAUCUGGCAGCUGCAUCAUUUCUCCAAAGCUUUAGAGGAAGAGGACAAUAAACCCAAUCCUGUCACACAGAGGGUCAAGAUCAUCAUGGGGUACACCCACCGCGUUCGGCUCACUGAUGAUCGCCCUUUUCGCCUGCCUUACAGGAGGGUGCCCCCGGCGCACUAUCAAAAACUGCGACAGGUGCUUGGUGACAUGGAGGAACGAGGUAUUAUCAGGAAAUCCACCAGCGAAUAUGCCUCUCCCUUGGUCAUGGUGUGGAAAAAGGACGGUGGGUUACGGAUCUGCACUGACUUUAGAUGGUUGAAUGCCCGCACCCUGAAAGAUGCCCACCCUCUCCCUCACCAGGCUGACUGUUUGGCUGCGCUCUGUGGUAAUUGUCUGUUCAGUACAAUGGAUUUAACAUUUGGAUUUUUCAAUGUGCCUCUGCAGGAGGAGGACAAGAAAUACACUGCUUUCACCACUCCCCUCGGGCUGCAUGAAUACAACCGCAUGCCACAGGGCCUGUGCAACAGCCCUGCGUCUUUCAUGAGGAUGAUGAUUGGUAUAUUCGGGGACAUGAACUUAUCAAAACUCCUUUGUUACCUCGAUGAUCUCCUCGUUUUUGCUCCCUCAGAGAGUGAGUCCCUUUCAAGGCUUCGUACUGUAUUCCACAGACUCAGGGACAAUAACUUGAAGUUGGCCCCCAAAAAGUGCCACUUUUUGAAGGAAAAAGUUGGAUUCCUUGGCCAUGUUAUUGACGGCAGCGGAGUCUCUGUGGACCCUUCAAAGGUCGAGGUGAUCACUAGUAUGACUGUCGGUGAUCUCAUGGAGGCUGAUGGCAGCACGCCUUCAGUCCGCCGCAUAAAGUCGUUCCUUGGUAUGGUUUUUUAUUACCAGCAUUUCAUUCCCAACUGCUCCGCGAUAGCAAAGCCAUUGUUCGCACUAACUGCUGGUCAGAGGAGGAAAGGAAAGUCUGCUUUGUUCAAAAAGUCACAGGGCACUUUCCGCAAACGUACCCCUGCAGACUGGAAUGAUGGGUGUGCCGAGGCCUUUGAGAGUUUGAAAACCAUGCUUCUGGAGUGUGUUGUGCUUUCUCAUCCCAACUUCGACGAACCCUUUGUCCUAUCUACUGAUGCAUCUAUGGAUGGCCUUGGCGCAGUGCUUUCUCAAGUCCCCAAGGGAAAAGUGAAUGUGGUAGCAGAUGCACUAAGUCGCGACCCCUUUGCAAAACCGGUCGGUCAGAGACUUUUGUCAGAGCCCUAUUCCACACUCGUUCAGGAAGCGGAUGAGAUAGCCAAGAAGAGACCAUCUAGACGUGAGAGGUUUGGGGUGGAGCCCCAGAGUGCGAUGGAUAUUGCCCAGAAACGUACAUCCUCUGAACAACAGCACCAGGCCACCCAAUACAAUAAACGAGUGAAGGGAACUUACCUGUCUGUUGGAGAUUGUGUUUUGAUUGCGAAUAAAGGAGAAAGAGGGAAACGGAAACUUGCCGAUAAGUGGGAGAGUAAAGUGUACACCGUGAUUGAUACAAACCCCAACAUUCAUGUUUACAGAAUCAGUGAUGCAGAGGGGAACGAAAGGGUUGUACACAGGAAUCUUUUGCUCAACGUGAACUUCUUACCACUCCCCGAGAUUCGUAACGAGUCCAAUGACACAGACCUCUCACUCGUCAGUGACAAUUCGGCUAUUGACAGCCCUGACGAUGACGCUGUGACUAAUGAAUCAGGGACACUCCUGCCUACUGCGGAGCAGACCUUUCCUGUUGACUUGCUUCCCCACAGAUGCCCAAACGACUGUAUAGUUGACUCAGUUUUACCAGACCAUGACUCUCUUUCUGACGGGCAUAAAGUGGCUUUAGUUCCCCCUGACUCCGACGUAGAUGUGGAGGGUGGGCAGGAGACCAGUCCCAGUCUGAGCUGGACUCUAGACCUGAGGACCAGUCCCAGUCUGACCUGGACUCUAGACCUGAGGACCAGUCCCAGUCUGACUCUAGACCUGAGGACCAGUCCCAGUCUGACCUGGACUCUAGACCUGAGGACCAGACCCAGUCUGACUCUAGACCUGAGGACCAGUCCCAGUCUGACUCUAGACCUGAGGACCAGUCCCAGUUUGACUCUAGACCUGAGGACCAGUCCCAGUCUGACUCUAGACCUGAGGACUAGUCCCAGUCUGACUCUAGACCUGAGGACCAGUCCCAAUCUGACUCUAGACCUGAGGACCAGUCCCAGUCUGACUCUAGACCUGAGGACCAGUCCCAAUCUGACUCUAGACCUGAGGACCAGUCCCAGUCUGACUCUAGACCUGAGGACCAGUCCCAGUCUGACCUGGACUCUAGACCUGAGGACCAGUCCCAGUCUGACUCUAGACCUGAGCACCAGUCCCAGUCUGACUCUAGACCUGAGGACAAGUCCCAGUCUGACUCUAGACCUGAGGACCAGUCCCAGUCUGACUCUAGACCUGAGCACCAGUCCCAGUCUGACUCUAGACCUGAGGACAAGUCCCAGUCUGACUCUAGACCUGAGGACCAGUCCCAGUCUGACCUGGACUCUAGACCUGAGGACCAGUCCCAGUCUGACUCUAGACUUGAGGACCAGUCCCAGUCUGACUCUAGACCUGAGGACCAGUCCCAGUCUGACUCUAGACCUGAGCACCAGUCCCAGUCUGACUCUAGACCUGAGGACAAGUCCCAACUUACCCCAGGUCCAGGUAUCACAGGUACAGGACAUCAGCUGCAGUCUUUGCCUCAGCAUCAGCCCCUCCCCCUGCCCUCCUAACCUGACUGACCUGGGCUUGCUCUCCCCCCUCUCCCCCUCUCCCCCCUCUUCCCCCCUGGCUCUCCUGCAGGUCCUGGCCUCCCUGACGCCCUCCUCCGCCUCGCGCAGUAACGCCCCCCCUCCUGUGCCUCUCCCGCAGAGCUACGAACCCGACGAGCUGACGGAGGAGAUGGCCCACCUGGAGGGCCUCAUGAAAGACCUGAACGCAAUCACCACCGCGCCCUAG